AUGUGAUAACUGCAAGUGAAUUCGCCUGCAGAAGUUUGGCCUGGCGAGCCUGAGGUUUGGCGAGUUCCCAUGCAGCCAGCUCACCAUUCAGCAUUCUUAUGCGCCUUGGUGGACGUGCCUGCAGCUUAACAACUGCAUCACAGUAAUUGUGAUUUGUUGCGUGCACGCUCAACUUCCUACUCUUCGUAGCCGUUUUACCAGUGCAAGGAAAGCAUGCCUAUGCUUGGCUCUCGUCUUUUGGGUGCGCCCAGCACAAGCGCGCCAGCAAGGGCUCCUCUGGCGCAGCAUGGGCGACUUCUGGUGGCCUGCCGCGCGACUGUGAGGUCCAGCUCGCCACGCUCUACUGGCGACUGGCGCAGCUCCUGGCGAACGGAGCUUGAGGGCGGCGCCAACGGCGCGGCGCACCACGACCACGACCACGAGGAAGUCGACGUCCACGCCAACGGCCACAGCUACAGCAACGGCGUCUCCCAUUCUGACAGCUACAGCAACGGCGCCAGCUACAACGGCACCAGUUACGCCACGGGCAUCAGCGCCAGCUGGCGCAACGGCUCCGCCGCCGCCAACGGUAGCAGCUAUGCGGCUCGCGCCGCGCAGCUGGUUCGCGAGCAGGACGAGGACGAGGACCACGACUUCCACCGGCGUGCAGCGGACUGGCGCACGGAGCACUCGCCGCAGGGCUCCCGCUGGGGCUCCGAGGACGACGAUGCCGCCUCCUCCUCAGCCAACGGGCACCACCACGACCAGCAAGAGGAGGAGCAACAAGGUGAGCAGGAGGAAGGCGGCGGCGGUUUCUUCACGAGUGCCUUCAAGGACGCGCUGAAAGACGCCCUAGCGCGCAGUCCACUGUUCGGGUCGCAGUACGGCGGCGGGUCGGGCGACGAGGAGAGCAUUCCGCCGCAGCCCACGGAGAACGAGGCGGUGGAGGCAACCACGGGCUCGUCGCUGUUCAGCAACAGCUUCCGGUCUGCGCUAAAGGAGUCUCUGGAGCGGCAGCAGACGGAGAUGGACGUCAAGUACGGGUACGGCAGCGAUGACGAGUACAUCGCCACGCCGUACAAGUCAGCGGGCCCGGCGCGCCGGGAGUUGUCCCCCAUGGAGGAGCUGCUCUCUUCCGCGCUGAGCGCCAGCCAGCACACACACCGCCGCCUGACGCUCAUAAAGAACGAGAUCGAUGCGGCGCUGGAGCGCGAGGCCAAGCAGAUUGAGCGGCUGGAUUUCGCUCUCAAGAAGUGCGAGAACGACGCGGCCUACUAUGCGACGCUCGAGCGCAUGAUGCGCGAGCGCGAGCGGGAGGGCAAGUGAGGGCGGUAGAGGAGGGAGGGCACAGGGAAGGAGGCAGGCAGAACUGCCGCAGCAUGGCGGUACGAGCGCAUUGUAAAAGGUGCAGCAGGGAGGGAGGGGACGGAAGGGGGCGCUGUUGCCGGGCAGCCCGGGUGCAGGGCCAUGCGGAGUGCGCAUGUCAGGCUUGCCGGUUUGUUGUGCUGCACCCUGUCAAGGGGCAAGGGACAGCCGGCGCUUUCUGCGUGUGCUUUCGUAUAACCGUGGGUAGGUGCAGAGGAUUAGCUGGAAUGUGAUGUCACGCCGGAUACCACGCUGCGUGGGCCGUGUCGUGGCUUGGUGAGAGCACCCAUGUGGUCUUGAUGGGUUCCGCCACGGGUUGGGAUGGGGCACUGGCUGUUGGAACGCACUCAAGGGUGCUCUACUGGACACACCAGCACUACGGCGGGUCAUGUAAGCAUGUGUCAUUGGCUACUGUUGAUGCUGAGUUACUGAAUAAUCUGGAGCAAUCUUGUCCUCAUGAAUCUGCCGGGGGAUUACAGGCCGGAAACAUAAACGCGCUAACAACAUGGGUUGCUGCGAGGAAACGGCGCUCAACAGUGUGUAGUGGCCGGCUGCAGCAACUGCGCUGUUGAUGUUUUAGUUGAGCUGUGAGGGUGAGCAGGAGUGUCGUGGGGCUCCGAAUGACCUACUGGGCCAUGUGCGCUGAGCACGGUCAAGCACGCACCGACCGCAAGCCGUAGGACGACCACCUGAAUCCGUGCACCGGAAGGUAGCCUGACGGGGGUCACGCGGCGUGAACUUGCUCCUCCCAAAGGGUUCCAUUCAACGGUUCAGAAGUCACCAGGUUGCCUGGUGGUAAAACUGUGUUCAGGUGCCCUUAAGUAAGCUAUGAAUCGAAGGUUUGGUGCGCAAGAAAGAUGCAUGAGUGACACGGGAAUCUGGAGGGAAAAGCCCGUCGGCUGCGAGGUCUGCUGACAUGACGUCAAGUUGGAGUCAUGUAAUAUUCAAGCUUC